UACGUACGUACAUACUUACGGUACUAUUACUUCCCGUACGCUAGGGACACAAAAACAUCGUUUGUUAUCGCUUUUUGGUUUGCUUCGUCCUCGAAUCCAACAGACACCAAGAACUGUACAACGCACACACACUAGAACAGACUUCGUUUGCAUCUGGACGUGUCUUGGAACGCACUGGCUAUUCGAUCGAAGCAAGCAUUCAAUCAACCAUGAAGCUUAACUACGAAACGUGCCUCGUCGGCGAGAAAGUUGUUCUGGUUCCGUACCGUAGGUCUCCUAAAUUCUUUGGUGUUUGUUUGUUCGCGGUGUCUGUUGCUGGUGUUGUAAGCAGGUUUGUUGUGGCAUCGAUUCGCUGGAGUGCAUUCCGUUGCCAGUUUGUCCCGGUGUUUAUUUUGACUGGGAAGAACAAACCGGACCGUUGCCAUUGCCAUUGCUGCUGCUCACAACGAUUGCUGCCCCUUCGUGUUCUCUUCCCUUCCCUUCCCGUUCCGACCAAACCAAACCAAACCAACCCAAACCGCUCCUGUUCCACCGGGCAGGCCCGCAGCACGUCCCGGUCUACCACGAGUGGAUGAAGGACCCGGCCCUGCUGGAAGCCACCGGAUCCGAGCCGCUCUCGUACGAAGAGGAAGUGGAGAUGCAGAAGGACUGGCGCGACGACGACACCAAGUGCACCUUCAUUGUGCACGUUGGGGAGGAAUGCAGGCUCGCGAACGCCGACCCGGCGGUGGAACCGGGGGAGGCCGGCACCCCUGCCGCGGGCGGGGACGCACCGGUUUCCUUUUCGGUUGGCGACAACCUGGGCGCGAUGAUCGGCGACGUCAACCUGUUUUUGAGCGAGAUGGACGAUGGCGACGACGACGGCGACGGCAACGACGGCGAGACCGACGAACCCACCGGGCCCCGCGCCGAACCAGCCCACGAGGGAGCGGGGGGCAUGCACGAGCCGGGGCGGGUGCGGCUGCAGGCCGAGAUCGACAUUAUGAUUGCCAGGAGCGAGUACCGGCGGAGGGGGCUGGGCCGAAAGGCGACCUGCGCGAUGCUCCGCUACGGGGCGAGGGAGCUGGGCAUCCAGCGGUUCUUUUGCAGGAUCAACGAGGACAACACCGAUUCCAUCCGUCUCUUUCGGGCGAUCGGGUUCGAGCAGUGCGGAUACGCCGCGUGCUUCCGGCAGGUCGAGCUGGAGCUGCGGGGGAUGCCCCGGGCCGAGAUGGAAGACCACUUCGAGAAGCACGGCGGGGCGUACAAGAUGAUUCCCUGCGACGCGGAGGAAGAAUAACCAUUGCAAACAAAACGCUACAAAACCAUUCAACGCCAUGCAUAGAUUGCCGAACACCAUGGUUUGCAACGUCUGAAUAUUGUUGCUACGCUUCCUGUAUCGUUCAAUACUAUUCCGAAGCAAGUCGUAUGAUUUUUUUCUAAGCGAGACAUUCUUCUUUGAUCGAUUUAUCAACAUUGGGUGGUUGCUUUCGUCUUGCAGUGUUUGGCGGCAGACCCUACAGUGGCAACAAAAAUGAGUCCAUCGAUCCCUAUGCCAUAGUCAUGGCCGUUGUCAUUGUCGUUGUCAUUAUCAUCGUCAUCCAAACACACCACAGAAUUCCUGCUCCAGCACGGCACGAUGCAAUGCGUGUUGCGUGUUGGGUGUUGCGUGGUGCGUGCCCCGAAGCAGUGUCCCGGCACCUAUUGUUUUACGAUACCGAGCAUUUCGUGGUACAGUUCUUUUGUUCGUCGUCGGGCGCCACCUCGUCGAGGUGGGGGUAUUUUUCCUUGACGACGGACGCCAGCUCCUCAAAGGUCUCGUUGAGAUCGGCAUUGACGAAAAUCCGGUCGAAGUUCCCCGCCUCGUGGCCGUAGUCCAGUUCCUUUUUCGAGUUGGCCAGGCGCUUCUGGAUGGCUUCCUCCGUCUCCGUUCCCCGCCCCCGCAGCCGCUUCUCCAGUGCCUCUAUCGAGGGCGGGCUGAUGAAGAAGUAGUAGGGUUCCAGGGAAGACUUCUUGACCGCCAUUGCCCCCUGGAUGUCAAUGUCCAGGAUGCAGACGCGGUUUUGCUUCUGGACGCUCUCGACGGCCCGGACGGAGGUCCCGUAGUAGUUUCCGUGGACCUCGGCGUACUCGAGAAACUUUCCCUCGUCGAUCUCUUUCUUGAUGGCUUCCACCGACGUAAAGUUGUAGUCCUUUCCGUCGACCUCCCCCGGCCGGGGCUUUCGGGUCGUGUGCGAGACGCUAAAGCCGAACUGG